GUAUAAGCAGUGAGAAUUAGGGUUUCUUUCUUUUAGCAACCAUAGAGGUAGAGGAAUCUCGACUUCCGGCGGAGCGGGAAGGAACUGCAGUGAGCUGCGAAAAUGGUGGAGAAGGGAAGCAAAGGAAGAAAGGAAGAGGUUGUUACUCGCGAGUACACCAUCAACCUCCACAAACGCUUGCACGGAUGUACUUUCAAGAAGAAGGCUCCUAAGGCCAUAAAGGAAAUCAGAAAGUUCGCGCAGAAGGCCAUGGGGACAACUGACAUUAGAGUGGAUGUCAAGUUAAACAAGCAUAUUUGGAGCCGUGGUAUCAGGAGCGUACCUAGAAGAGUUCGUGUUUGCGUUGCUCGAAAGAGGAACGAUGAAGAAGAUGCCAAGGAGGAGUUUUACUCACUGGUGACUGUUGCUGAGAUCCCUCCAGAGGGGUUAAAGGGUUUGGGCACCAAGGUUGUUGAGGAAGAAGAAGACUGAAAGCAUUCUGCAUUUUAGGAUAAGAGUGAAGUGGUUUGUCUAUGGAACAUCCAAUUUUGGCUAAUAUAUUCUAUCAGAUGAAGGUGUUUUGGUUGAAUUCUCUUUUGAACAAUCCUGCACUGAAAUUAAUAUUGCAUCCCUCUGUUUUGCAUCAUUUAACUUGUCA